GGGGGUGCGGGGCCGUCGCCCCGGACGGUUCAGGCCGUUUCUAGAACCGCGGCGCCCGUUUCUAUUAAUACGCGUUUCGGCGGCGGCGGCGGCGAAGGGAUUCCCUGUGACGUCAUUGCUAGGAUACCAAACAAACACUCCGAGACAAGCCCAUAUAUGGCUAAUUGCGUCACAGGAACUCCGGAGGGGCGGAGCGAGGGAUCCCCCCCGUUCCCCGCCCGCCGCGGAGCCUCUUAACGGCGGCGGCGGCUCCCAGGGCCGCAGAACGGCGGCAGGAACGGCGGCGGCGGUGUCGGGGGGGUCCCGGGGGUCCCGGAGCGGCGCCGGCGGCGGGCGUGACGUCAGCGCAGGGGGCGGGACGCCGCCGUAUAAAGCGGCGGCGCGGCGGUGAGCGGUUCAUUCAUAAAAAGCGGAGACCGGGGGAAGCGGCGGGAGCGUCACCGGCACUUUGCACCGGCGGAGCUGGGGAGUGGAUGUACCGGGGCUCGUAGCGGCUGAACCGGAGCCUGGGAACGGAUUUACCGAGGCUUAUAGCGGCGAACCGGGACUUUGCACCGGAGAACCGGAGCCUGGGAACGGAUGUACCGGGGCUUAUAGCGGCGAACCGGGACUUUGCACCGGAGAACCGGAGCCUGGGACGGAUGCACCGGGGCUCGUAGCGGUGCACCGGGGCUUUGUACCGGAGAACUGCAGCCUGGGACGGAUACACCGGGGCUCGUAGCAGCGAACCGGAGCCUGGGACGGCUGUACCGGGACUUUGUACUGGCGAGCCGGCGCCUGCCACGGAUGCACCGGAGCUUGUAGCCGCGCACCGAGACUUUGCAACGGCGAACCGGAGCCUGGGACGCGCGCACCGGGGCUCGUAGCCGCUCACCGGCAUUUCCCGCGGGACAGUAGACCGGAGCGGGACCCUUGCACCGAGAGCCUCCCCCGACCUCCGAAACCGUCACCCCAAACCGGCGAAGGGGAGAGAGAGAGAAGCGGGGGCGGGGGGCGGGUGGGGUGGGAGAAAUUGCUCGCUAAACCGGGAUGCCGGUAGCCUGACCCCGCAGCCUUGGCGUGGCGGGGCGGCCCCCGCGCCCCCGGGGCCAUGUACCAAGGUUUCCCCGGUGACUACGACUCGGGUUCCCGCUGCAGUUCCUCUCCCUCCGCCGAAUCCCAGUACCUCUCCUCGGUCGAUUCCUUCGGGAGCCCGGCGGCGGCGGCGGCCGCGCAGGAGUGCAGCGGCCUGGGGGACAUGCCCGGCUCCUUCGUGCCCACGGUGACGGCCAUCACCACCAGCCAGGACCUGCAGUGGCUGGUGCAGCCCACCCUCAUCUCCUCGGUGGCCCAGUCGCAGCCCCCAGGGGCACCCAUGGCGCACCCCCCUCCCGUCGAUCCCUACGACCUCCCAGGACCCAGCUACUCUACGCCGGGCAUGGGUGCCUUUGCCACAGGGCCGGCAGCACCGCCGGCACGUCCUGCUCGUGCCCGUCCCCGGCGCAGCCGCGAGGAGACGCUGACGCCAGAGGAGGAGGAGAAGCGCCGGGUGCGGCGGGAGAGGAACAAGUUGGCAGCAGCCAAGUGCCGUAACCGGCGCCGGGAGCUGACGGAUCGGCUGCAGGCGGAAACAGACCAGUUGGAGGAGGAGAAAGCCGAGCUGGAGUCAGAGAUCGCAGAGCUGCAGAAGGAGAAGGAACGGCUGGAGUUCGUCUUAGUGGCCCAUGCCCCUGCCUGCAAGCUCCCCUUUGAGGAUGUCAGCUCCUUGGGUGCCGGCCCCGCCGAGGUGAGCACCCUGGGCAAGGAAGAGCCGGCGGGGACCGUCACCUUCCUACCCCCGGGUCCGUUCCAGCCGAGCGCCCAGGGCCCCUUCCCCAGCUGCUGCUUCGCGCCCGGGGUCCCCUCAGGGCCACCUAACCCAUCCUAUACGUCUUCGUUUGUGUUCACCCACCCAGAGGGAACCACCUGCGGAGCCUCGCAUCAGCGGAGCAGCAGCAGCGACCAGUCCUCGGACUCCUUGAAUUCUCCCUCGCUCCUCGCGUUGUGAACGGGGUCCCCCCAAAAACUGGGCACCUCCUCCCUCCCCGGGUGGUGGUUUUUUUGUGGUUUUUGGCUUCCCUUCCCCCUGCCCCCUUUUUUUUUUUUUUUUUUUUUUUUUUGAUUGGUUGGCCCAGGGGUUGGGGUGUUGGUGAGGCUGAAGGGCAGCUUUGGCACCUGGAUGUGGGGUGUCAGCGAUGGGGCUGGUGUGUUGGAGGUGUCUGUGAUGUGUCUCCAUCGUUCCUGCAGCAUCCCAGCUGCUUUAGAGGUGUCUGUCCCUAAUCCCCAUAAUCUCAUGGGGGUUCAUGCAACAUCUCCAUCCCUUUGGAGAUGUUCCUGCCCAAUUUCCACCACCUGGGGAAGGUCCCUUUGUCAUCUCCAUUGCCUUAGAGGUAUCUGUGCCUGAUCCACACCACCCCAUGAGGCUUUGCACAGCAUCUCCAUCCCUUUGGAGAUGUCCAUGCCUGAUUUCCACCACCCUGGGAAUGUCCCUGUGGUGUCUCCAUCACCUUAGAGGUGUCCGUCCCUGAUCCCCAUCAUUCCAUGGGGAUUCAUGCAGCAUCUCCAUCCCUUUGGAGAUGUCCAUGCCUGAUUUCCACCACCCUGGGAAUGUCCCUGUGGUGUCUCCAUCACCUUAGAGGUGUCCAUCCCUGAUCCCCAUCAUUCCAUGGGGAUUCAUGCAGCAUCUCCAUCCCUUUGGAGAUGUCCAUGCCUGAUUUCCACCACCCUGGGAAUGUCCCUGUGGUGUCUCCAUCACCUUAGAGGUGUCUGUCCCUGAUCCCCAUCAAUCCAUGGGGAUUCAUGCAGCAUCUCCAUCCCUUUGGAGAUGUCCAUGCCUGAUUUCCACCACCCUGGGAAUGUCCCUGUGGUGUCUCCAUCACCUUAGAGGUGUCUGUCCCUGAUCCCCAUCAAUCCAUGGGGAUUCAUGCAGCAUCUCCAUCCCUUUGGAGAUGUCCAUGCCUGAUCUCGGUCACCCCAGGAAGAUCCAUGUGGCAUCUAUGACACCUUAGAGGUGUCUGUGCCUGAUCUCUGUUGUCCUGAGGGGGGUCCCUGCGCCAUCUCCAUCACUUUGGAGAUGGCCGUGCUGUAGCUCCCUUACUCCAGGAAGGUCCCCGUGUCAUUUCUGUUAGACUGGAGAUGUCUGUCAUCUCCAUCAUCCUGGGGGGGGGGAUAUCUGUGUGGCAUGUCCUUCACCUUAGAGGUGUCCAUGCUGCUUCUCCAUCUCCCUUGGAUAGUCCCUGUGGCACCUUCAUCACCUUUAGAGGUGUCUGUGCCACAGCUGCACUGUCCCAUGGGGUCCUUGCAGCAUCUCCAUCACCCUGGAGAUGUCUCUGCUGUGUCCCCAGUUGCCCUAGGGGGGGUCUUUGCAGCAUCUCCAUCACCUUGGAGGUGCCCAUGCUGCAUCUCCACCAUUCUAUGGGGGUCCUUGCAGCAUCUCCAUCACCCUGGAGGUGCCCCUGCCAAAUCUCCAUCAGGCCUGGGGCAGGGGGGUGUCCAUGUGUUGUCUCCAUCCCCACCAUGGUGUCCACACUCCAUGUCCCCAUCCCCCUUGGGUGUCCCAGCCCCACUGCUGAUGCUGGGCCUCCAGGUCACCUCUCCAGCACCCACAAUGUUGGGUGGAUUCCUAUCCUGCUUGUCCCCCACCCAACUGUGAAUGGCUCUGCCCCAUCUACCCUGCCUGCACAGGUCCCGCCGGUGGCUCCGGCAUCCCCAACCCUGCACCAUCCCUCUCUUGUGACCAAGCUUUGCCAGUGCGUUGACUCUGUCCUCUCUCUCUAUUAUAUAUAUUUAUAUAUAUAUAUAUAUUAUUUUUUUUUUGUUGCGUGGGGCUGCCAGCCCCUGGGAGAUGUUUAAUUUUUUAUUAUUAUUAUUAUUAUUAUUAUUGUUAUUAUUAUUAUUGCUGCCUGUGCUGUAUUUGUGACUGUUCUGGGGCCAGCUUAGCCCCUGCGUCUGCGCUCAACCCAUCCCAAUGUGGCCAAUAAAGCAGCUUUGG